AGCCUUUUCGGUCCUAUUUCGAGCCUCCAUCUUGCGUACAUGUCGUCCCAAGAUAUCGCAGAAGAAAUUCGGAACACGCUUCCUGGGAUCGAGGAAAUCGUUGUUCAAUACCUUUCCGGAUAUCUCGUCGACGAAGCAAGUGAGGACGAUGACAUCCUGCAGGUAGCGCGCCUGAUGCUCGACUCUGUCGCCAUGGGCAAAGAGAGCGUGAUCGAGCAGCUCAUGAGCAAGCUCGGGGAACUGCUGCAGGACCAGCUCAUGGCGAGGGAGAACAAUCGGUCAGGACCGAAGCUGCAGCGGCUAGACAAAGUGAUGGACAUGAGCAAGGCGGGCGCGAUGUCGAACACCAUCGCAUUUACGGAGGGUGUCGAUCUGGAGUCGAUCAACAAGGGAAAAGCAUCUCGUGUCGAUGUCAAGAAACUUGAGAAACAAGAAGCGAAACUCAAGGCCAAAAUUGAGAAACGAUCUCGCAGAGAUCUUUACGAAGGCUCAAAAUUGCUUGAGCAGCAAAAGAAACAGCAAUCUUACGAGGAGAUGUUCAUGAAAAUCAAUCCUUUGGAAGCGAGCGCAUCGUCCAAGAACAAGAGCAAAGACAUUCACCUUCCUUCCAUCGAUGUCAACUUCGGCUCGAAUCGCAUUUUGUCUGGUGCCUCCCUCACUUUGGCUCAUGGUCGUCGGUAUGGUAUCAUCGGACGAAACGGUGUCGGAAAGUCCACCCUUCUCAGACACAUUGCUAUGCGAGAAGUCCCUAUUCCUCCACACAUCACAAUCCUCUUCGUUGAGCAAGAAAUUAUCGGCGAUUCCACAACAGCUCUCGCCUCGGUUCUCAAAGCCGAUGUCUGGCGAGAUCACCUGCUCAAAGAAGAAGCCAUACUCAACGCGAAGAUGGCAGAGCUGGAUGCGCAGGGGGACAGCGACCCGCGCUUGGAGGAGGAGCGUGAUGAUGUCAGUGGGCGGAUGGCAGAGGUACAUGCAAGGUUGGCCGACAUGGAUGCAGAGAGCGGGCCAGCAAGGGCGGCUGCAUUAUUGGCUGGUUUGGGAUUCAGCGAAUCGGAUCAAUCACGGCCGACAAGCUCAUUCAGUGGUGGAUGGAGGAUGCGACUCGCAUUGGCGCGUGCCCUCUUUGUCAAGCCUGCGCUUCUGCUUCUGGAUGAGCCUUCUAAUCACAUCGAUUUGAACGCUCUCGCGUGGCUGGAAGAUUAUCUGCAAACAUGGCCGGGCACAUUACUCGUCGUCUCCCAUGACCGAGCUUUCCUAGAUGCCGUUGCUACCGACAUUAUACACCAACACUCUGGACGACUCGAUUACUACAAGGGGAAUUUCACCCAAUUCUAUUCGACAAAAUCAGAGCGCGAACGCAACCUCCAGAAAGAGUAUGAUGCGCAGAUGGAAUAUCGCAAGCACCUGCAGGCGUUCAUCGACCGGUGGCGAUACAACGCCAAUCGGGCUGCACAGGCACAGUCGAAGAUUAAGAUCCUCGAGAAGCUGCCCGAAUUGACGCCUCCAGAAGCGGAAGAGACUGAGAAAUUCCGCUUCCCAGAGACAGAAAAAAUCUCCCCACCCUUGCUUCAGCUGUCCGACGUCACGUUCGGAUACGACCAGGCCAAGAUCAUCCUCGAAAAGAUCAACAUUGAUGUUGGUCUGGACUCGCGGAUCGCCAUUGUCGGGUCCAACGGUGCCGGAAAGUCUACGCUGAUCAAGUUAUUGACGGGCGAGCUGAAGCCAUUAUCAGGACACUUGUCGCGCAAUGGCCGGUUACGCGUUGGAUACUUCGCACAGCACCACGUCGACACGCUCAUCCAGACGAUGACCCCUGUACAGUUCCUUGCGUCAAGAUUUCCAGGGAAGACCGAACAGGAGUACCGCCAGCAUUUGGGAAAUUUCCAAAUUAGUGGUAUGACUGGGUUGCAGCUGAUCGGUACUCUGAGUGGAGGACAAAAGUCGCGCGUAGCAUUCGCUGUGCUAUCGUUACAGCAGCCGCAUAUCUUGCUGCUCGAUGAGCCAACUAAUCACUUGGAUUUGGAGGGUCUCGACGCGUUAAUGAUGGCGCUGAGUGCGUGGAAUGGAGGCGUGAUCGUCAUCUCUCACGACGAACGGUUCAUCACCACCGUCGCGAGAGAGUUGUGGGUGUGUGGCGACGGCAUGGUCAGCAAGUUCAAGGGCGAUGUGCAAGCGUACAAGAACUUGAUCGUUAGCAGUGUCAAGGCGAAGCCAUGAGCUGCAUGACUCUUGUGAAUAUAACGUCGUGUUGUGUUAGAUUAUCGCAUGUAGUCGUUUUUACAUCAUUGCCAGACUACCCUGCCACGACACAAGAUCAGAUGGCAUUGACAAGCCUCAUAUAUC